AACUGAAUAGUGUUUUGUUCUCUGUUCCAGAGAAUUGUGUCAUGAUUAUUCAUUACCUUGUUUCUGUUUAUAUUUUGACUUUAGUAGAGAAUUACUUACAAUGCAUGGAAACCCAAAGAUAUUUAACAAAAUGAAAUAAAUCAUAAAAAUGAGAAGAGAAGCUCACUGUACAGGAAAUGCCCUUUGAUUGUAUAUUCUGAAGUAACCAAUCAGACGCAUUUGACAUUCAUGAUCUCCCCACCUCCCCCAGUUACUACAGGAUAUUUUUUCUGAACGAAGACACUGUCACCAUGACUCUGUUAUGGCUCAUAUUGUUACUUCUUCAUCAAGGCUAUGCAUCAGUUCCAGUGGUCACAGCUGAAGUUGGUCAAUCUGUGACUUUGACAUGUGAGUUUAAUAUGAAAUAUCAGAGCAACACAUGGAUUUACUGGUAUAAGCAAAGUGCUGGGGAUACUCUGAAUUUAAUCGUAAUGCAGCAGCGAACAACAACCUCAACCUAUGGAUCACAAUUCGAUGCUUCAAGAUUCAAUGUAGCAAACACCGGGGACAGCAGCAUUCUUAAAAUUUUCAAAACAGUUCAACAAGAUGAGGGAAUGUAUCACUGUGCUCAAAGGGAUACACUUGAAUCUACAUGGAAUGGGACUUAUUUAUCAAUUAAAGGAUAUAAGAGGACAUCAAACUACACUGUUGUUCAGCAGCCAACGACCUCUGGUUCCACCCGUCCAACUGGCUCCGAGACUCUGCAGUGUUCGGUCCUCUCCGACUCUGAGAACGCAACCUGUUCAGGAGAACCCAGUGUGUUCUGGUUCAGAGCCAGAUCAGAAAAGUCUUUUCCUGACAUGAUUUACAUUGAUGGAAAAAGAUCCGAAAACUGUGACAAAACAUCUGACUCUCAAAAGAAAUGUUUUUAUAACUUGUCUAAGAAUAUCAGCUCCUCUGAUGCCAAGACCCUCUCCUGUGCUGUGGCCACAUGUGGACAGAUAUUAUUUGCAAAUAGACUGAACCUUAAAAAUGGUAAAACAGAUGAAAACAACAUGCUGAUGGUCACAAUAGUCACAAUAAUCUGUUUGGUCAUUUCUGUAAUUUGUAAUAUUGUCUUCAUUUUCUUUCGAAUACAAAGAUCAGCAUGUCAACGAGUUAAAGAAAGCUCUUCCUCACCAAAAAGAAACAACUUUAGCCAAAUGGAAAAUGAUACUGAAGCUGGACCUGAUCUGAACUACGCUGCGUUACAUUUAUCUGAUGGCAAAAGAUCAAGAGGGAAGAAAAAGAGAGAGUUGAUGACUGAAGAAAGUGUGUAUUCACAGGUUAAAGGAUCAGCUUGAAAGUGAUGUAUGCCAGCUUUCACUGAAAACCUCACUUCUGACAUGAAAGAGCAUACUGUUGCUAACACACAAAAGUUGUGAAUUCAAGUAAAACUUUGAUAGAUGA